GCCAACAUCCAACCCAAGGUGGUCAUUUACGCACUUGCAGCCAGCAUACACGGCUUACAUUGGGCCUUAUUGCUCAACCUCGUCCAGGAGUUGGCGUUUGGCACCACGGCAAAGAUUUCAGGAUCUCCGACAACGUUCGGCAGAAAGUUUGCAAGUUUUGAAGCCCUAAGCGACUAGUGCAGCAUCUUAGCCUAGAUUGCGCGUCCCAGCUCGACCGGCUGGGCAAGUCCAGUUUCCUGGGCUUAACCUACCGACGCGACAAACCGACUGCGAAUUACGCGGAUCUUUAUCAACUCCUUUUAGAGGGUCUUGUGAAUUGUUAAACGGUCGAUAGCGUCGGGCACCUUUCAUUGACAUGGUCGCCCACGCUAACGCACUUACGCCAGGCGUUUCGCAGCCUUUAGUCUCAAACAGCUUUCUACACAGCCUUCAGAGGCGCUCGCUUGGCCGAGGCUUUGGUUUCCCCAGGUGCAGAAUAUGCAUCGUCGCCGCCGGGCCUGCGUCCGCAGGGCCGCAGUCCCUCACCAGGAUGCCUCCUCCUCAACCUCAACGGCUAAAUGGGCCCCCGCAGCAGCUCCAAGCGUCGCGACCUCCCACCAAUAGCCCACCACCACCAUCACCAAACGGAAAUGGCAAUGGUCAGACCGCCCGGCAAGCCGCUCCGCCCAAGCCCCCACCACCGUCGGGACCUGUCAGGCCCGCCUCGGUGCAGCUCUCGUCGCCUCCCCCACCCUCCCUGCAGCUCACGCGGCCCGGCCCGGCGCCUCUGCAGCUCUCCGCCCUGCCCUCAGCCGGGUCCCCGCAGCAUCAGCAGCAGCAGCCUACCACCUCCGCGCCCCCUCCUCCCCGGCAGCAACAGCAGCAAGGGUCGUCGGCACCCCUACGGCCACAACAACAACAGCAACCUCAACAACUGCAGCAGCAGCAGCAGCAGCAAGCAAACGCUCAAAGGCGGCCUCAGCCCGGCUACGGCACCCCGCCAGCCGCCGCUCCUGCUGCUGGCGGCCUCACGCUCUCCCGCCCGCCCGCUGCCGGUGUCGGCUCUCCUCCUGCACGACCCGCGGCACCAGCGGCUGCUGCGCCACCUCCGCAGCCGCUAGCCGCCAAGCCCGGCGUGGUGGGUGGCAGCAGCAUCGGCGGCGCCAGCAGACCGGCAGCAGCAGCAGCAGCGGCAGCUCCUGGUGCAGCCACCACCCCCACCCCCAGCAGCAGCAGUGUUAGCAGGCCGGCAGCAGCAGCAGCAGCAACCGCUGCUGCCGCCGAGAUUCCACCCGUUUCCAACCCCUUUGCGAACAUCCCCAAGGUGCCGCCGAGCGCCUCCGCUGCCGCCUCCACCGCUCCCGCGACCAGCGGUAGCAGUGGGGGUACGGCAGCAGCAGCAGCGGCACCGGGGAAGCCAGCGGCGGGGGCGCCCCUGCCGCCGCCCGUCGCCAACCCCUUCGCAAGCAUCUCCCGCCCGCAGCCCCCCGCUGCAGCCCCCCCUCCCCCCGCAGCAGCAGCGCCCCCCAACCCCCCUCCCAGCGGGGUUCAGCGCCCCACACCCCCCGCCUCCGCCUCCACCCCCACCCUCAGCCCGCCACCCCUCCAACGCCCACCUCCUCGCCCCACACAAGGCCCCCCAGGCACCCCCUCCGCCUCCGCCGUCCCCCCCAAGCCGCUGGGCCCUCCCUCCGCGCUCCCUCGCCCCACCGGCCCCUCCGGCGCCACCCCUCCGCCCCUGCCCCUCACCUCCGGGGGCGCUGCUGCCGGCUCCGCGCCACAGCAGCUGCAGCUACAGCGACCGCCCAGUCGGACCGACCCGCUGGGUCGGCAGCCCCCCGCCACCGCCCCCACCACCGCGGCAGCCGCGACGGAUGCGGUGGAUGUGCCCACCGGCCAGCUCAUUCGCCCCGACCCGCCCACGCUGCGGGUGCUGGAGCCCCUCAUGGCGCAGGCGGGUACUGCCGGGACGGCUGCGACCCAUGGGUCGUCAGCUGGCAAGCCGGCCAAGCUGGCGAUAGAGGAGGUGGUUGAGGAGGAGGGGCUGUUUGAUGAGGAGGAUGCGGAGUUCAUGGCCAAGGGGACGACGACGAAGGGCAAGGGCAAGAAGGGGAAGCGGAAGGAGAAGGUGACCGCUGAGAUGAAGCGCGACGCUCGGCGGCAACGUGAGGCGGUGCGGAUGGACAAGGCGGCGGCGCGGCGGCGAGACAAGGAGGAGAUCUUCGAGGUUGGCGAGGAGGGCAUGACGCUGGAUGCGCUAGCGGAGCUGCUGCAGGUUGACGAGUCUGAUAUCGUGCGCUCGCUCUUCAUGCGCGGAAUCACCCUAUCCAUGAGCCAGACGCUGGACAGGAACACGGUCAAGCUUGUUGCUUCCGACUACGAGGUGGUGGUGGUGGAUCGCGACCCGGCGGCGGUGACGGAUGCGGCCAAGAAGCGAACCGAGUACAUCAGCGAGGAGGAUGUUGACGAGCUGGUCCCCCGCCCCCCCGUGGUUACGGUGAUGGGCCACGUGGACCACGGCAAGACCAGCCUGCUAGACUUCAUUCGCAGUGCGAGGGUGGCGGCGGGGGAGGCGGGCGGCAUCACGCAGGCCAUCGGCGCCUACAACACGGAGGUGUGGGUGGAGGGCGAGAGCCGCACCAUCUGCUUCCUGGACACACCGGGACACGAGGCGUUCAGCGCCAUGAGGGCGAGGGGGACGCAGGUGACCGACAUCGCCAUCAUCAUCGUGGCGGCGGACGACGGAGUGCGGCCGCAGACCCGGGAGGCGGUGGCGCACGCGCAGGCCGCGGGUGUUCCAAUCGUGGUGGCCAUCAAUAAGAUCGACAAGCCGGGGGCUGAUGUGGAGCGAGUGAAGCAGGAGCUGUUGGAGCUCAACCUGGUUCCCGAGGAGUGGGGCGGCAACACGCCCGUGCUGCCCGUGUCCGCCAAGAAGGGCACGGGGGUGCCCGACCUGCUGACGCAGCUGCUGUGGGUGGCGGAGGAGCGGCAGCUGCUCAGCAACCCCAACCGCCCCGCGGCGGGGACGGUGAUCGAGGCGAACCUGGACAGGAAGAGGGGGGCCGUGGCCACGUUGCUGGUGCAGGUUGGCACGCUGCGACCCGGCGACGUGCUGCGUGCGGGUGCGGCGUACGGCAGGGUUCGUUCGUUGACCAACGACCUGGGUCAGGCAAUCCCCGCCGCCGGCCCCUCCAUCGCCGUACAGCUCACGGGGCUCAACUCGGUUCCCGCGGCGGGCGAGGCGUUCGAGGUGUACGGCAGUGAGCAGGAGGCGAGGGAGGCGGCGGCGGAGUUCGAGGACAGACUCAAGUACCAGCGCAUGAUGGAGCUGCGGGGCGGGGGCAGCAUGGUGACACUGGCCUCCCUGGCCACGGUGGACGAGGAGCAGGAGGCGCUGCAGAGGCUGAACCUGGUGGUCAAGGCCGACACCUCGGGUAUGGUUGAGGCGCUCAAGUCCUCGCUCUCCGCCCUCCCCCAGCACUCCGUGGCUCUGCGCUUCCUGCUGGCGGCGGCGGGGGAGAUCAGCGGCAGUGAUGUGGACCUGGCGGCAGCCAGCGGGGCCAUGGUGCUGGCGUUUAACCUGGAGCCCGACGACUCCGUGUCCGCGCACGCCAAGCGGCUGGGUGUGAGCAUCAAGAGCUACCGCAUCAUCUACGAGCUGCUGGACGACGUGAAGGCGGCCAUGGAGGGCAAGCUGAAGCUGGUGGAGGAGCGGGUGCCGCAGGGCUCGGCGGUGGUGAAGGCGGUGUUUGGUAGCGGCAAGAAGCGAGUGGCGGGGGCGGCGGUGACGGAGGGCAAGCUCAGCAAGGGCGCCUACGUAACCGUACGGCGGGGCAAGGCUGUUGUGUACGACGGCAAGCUCUCCUCGCUGCGGCGCGUGAAGGACGCGGUGGAUGAGGUGGGCAGCGGGCUGGAGUGCGGGUUGGGCUGCGACGGCUUCUGGGAGUGGGCGGAGGGCGACGUGCUGGAGUGCUACCAGCUGCUAACCAAGAGCAGGCGGCUGGAGGAGGCGAGGGCGACCACAGCGGUGGAUGUGGCCACAUUGCAGUGAGGGAGGGAGGAAG